AUGGCCGAGUACAGCGUCGACGUGUGCACCCAGACGCGCGUGCUCCGGCGCCAUGCGCCCAGGCACUUGGUGCUACGAGGCCAAACGCUCGCGCUCUAUGACGGCGCUGCUCUCCGCGAGACGCAUGACAUGGCGCAGUGCCACGUCAUGGCGGCGCUUCCGACCCGUCCCUUCUUGCUCGAGCUGCGCUUUGCCUCGAAGAAGACACUUCGCAUCCUCGUUGCCAAUGCGAUUCUCCAUGCGCGGCUCAAGACCAUCUUGGAGGCUGCUGCAACGAGCGACCGGUACGCCCUUCCGCCCUUCUCGGACGCCGACCGUCUUUUGUGCGUUGCAGCCACCGUGACGGAGCGGGCCAAGCAUCACUGCGUCCCAUCCAGCGGCCUCACUCCCGCGCAUAUAGAGGCUUACAUAGGCCGUCUCAAGCGGAUCUACGACCGGGACAUCGCUGGCGUCGCGUCGCCCGAGGCGCUGUACGCCAAGCUUCUCGACCUCGAAGCCACGUACGUCGCUACGUACCGCGAUGACACGCCCUGCGUCAUCGACUCAUUUCCGCACCUCGCGUAUCAGCUCGACGCACUCAACUUUGCGCUGGGGCACAACCCGUCUUGCGCUGCGUCAUCGGCCGACGUCAUCGGCGUUUGCGUCUUUUGCAAGCGCGAGCUCGAGCCGUGGAAGGCGCGCAUCAUGUACCAGCGCAACCAGACCGCGCAGUGCGGGCAUUGCAACGAGUACGUCGACGUGCAGACGUACUACAAGCGCCGGUUCGACACGACGGCGUUCGACAUGCCGCUGCAGGACGUCUUGGCGCAGUGCCCGCACCGGCACUGCAAGCAUCCGUUGGAUCGGCGCCGCUUGUAUGCGCUCCACGUACGCAACGACGCCGUGGUAUGCCCGAGCUGCAACCAUACACUUCGGUACGAAACGUUUCAGAUUGCGCUCUUCCAGCGCGAGCACCCGUACCUCGAGUGGAUCAGUGACUUUACAUCGCAAAAGGAAGUCACGAGUCGACUCGCGGUGCCCCGGGAUCUCCCGAUCGAUGGCUGCUGGGAGACAUACCUCCGAACGCUCAUUGGCUGCAUCGAUGCGCGCACCAAGACCAAGCCGCCACUAAGUCGCAUCGAAGCGUAUGCGCUGAAAGAGCAAGUGCUGUCGAAGACGGGGGCGAUUCGCGCCAACGCACUUGGCGCCUUUCCGAUCGAUCUCGUGCGCGCCAUGGUCCAAGAGCUGCGACUUCUCGGCGUCCUUUUGGCCCACGACGCCUACUGGACGACGCCACCAAUCGCGGCGGCGGCCGUGGCGCGCUACGAACAGUUUAUGGCGCUGCACAAGGGAACGACGACGACACCGCUGACACCGACGCUGGACAUUGCCGUCGCGUGGUGCGCCCACCGGACGCAACCGUCGGCCUACGUCGUCUACUCGACAACGGUUGCCGGUGGGGUCGUUGCGUCCGCGACCGAGACCGACGCGGCGACUGCCUACGUCGAAACGUGCACUGCGUGGACCAAGGCGUACGGCGACGCGUACUCGUCGUUUGUGCCGACGACCGGCGACGGAAAAAUGCGCGUGCCCCGCGGCGACUCGCGCUUCUUUGGCGUCGACGACGCGCUGUCACGAUUCCAGCACACAGACGACAACGACGACCGGGCGCUUCGCGGUGUCAUUGGCACCCCGAUCUUUGACACACGCGUCGCGCCAUCGGAAUGGCGCCAGCUCCUUCCCCACGACAGCGCAUCGCCCUAAGACUAAAAGUACACUAUCCUCUAGCAAUUUAGCGCGAAUAUAUACGGUA